GUGAGGUGGAGAGAAGGGAUUUACUGCUGGAGCACUCAUUGAGGAGUAGAGGGAGUGAGUGUGUUGCAUGUUAUAGAGGUUGAGGUGUGAGCUCUGACAGGAGAAGGGUUAGCAGACUGAGUGGUGACUGACUGAUUCACUCUGCUGUCAUUUUCUGCUUAUUCAGAGUGACAGUAGUGAGUGCAUACAUUGUCAUACUGUCUGCUGUCUAUUGCAGUUCUCUGUUCGGAGGGUAUGUGACUGACUACCACUACAGCCGAGUGAGGACUGUUCCAGACUCUCUCUGUCCAGAGGAGCAUGAUGACUACUUUCCCCAAUGAGACAGGCUUCUCCUCCCUCUCUCCAUCAUACUCCCUCUCCUCUCCCACACCGUCCCUCACCUCCAACCCUUUCUCUUCCUUCUCCCUCUCCACCUCCUCCUUCUCUCCGUCCAACUGCUCCAGCUCUCCGUUGCUCUCCUCCCCUCCCUAUAACUUCUACGCUGUGCUGCUGGUGCUGCUCAUCUUUUGUGUGGUGUUCGGCAACGUGCUAGUUUGUGUGGCGGUGUCGCGUGAGCGCGCCCUCCAGACUACCACCAACUACCUCAUUGUCUCCCUGGCCGUGUCUGACCUGCUGCUGGCUAUCCUGGUCAUGCCCUGGGGCGUCUACCUGGAGGUGGUAGGGGAGUGGCGCUUCAGUCUCAUCCACUGUGACAUCCUCCUGACCCUGGACGUCAUGAUGUGUACUGCCAGCAUCCUCAACCUCUGUGCCAUCAGCAUCGACAGGUACACGGCGGUGGCGAUGCCCAUGCUGUAUAACACCAGAUACAGCUCCAGGAGGAGGGUGGCUCUGAUGAUUGCUGUUGUGUGGUUCCUCUCCUUCGCCAUCUCCAGCCCUCUGCUGUUUGGACUCAACAACACAGCCAGUCGGGAGGAGACCAAGUGUGCCUUCGCUGACCCAUCCUUCGUGGUCUACUCAUCCGUGGCCUCCUUCUAUGUUCCGUUCAUCGUGACCCUGCUGGUGUACGCCCAGAUCUGUGUCGUGCUGCGGAGGCGGGGCCGACGCACCGUGCCCCGCAGACACGGCCUGCACCCACAGGGAGGAGGCAAGACGGGGGAGGGCCACAGGCACAGGAAGAAUAAGUGUACCCUCCCUGAGGAUGUGAACCUGUGCACUCUGAUCACGAGGCCCCCCACCACCGCCCCCCAACGCAAGAAAGUGACAUUAGUGAAGGAGGCGGUGGUGCACCCCUUGGAGGAGGAGCCGGUGGGGUGUGGUUUCCUGUCCCAGUUAGACCAGAGCCUCCCCCCGCCUCACCAUUCUCACCGCCCUCCCCCUUCCGGACGAGCCACCAAGAUCUCCCUUUCUAUCUCUGUGGUACCCGCGCCCUUCCCGUCACCGUCGGUGGCACCACGCUCUGCCCUCGUACCCCGCCGUGCCACCUUCGAGGAUGGCAUGAGUGGCCGCGAGCGAUGGAGGGAGCGCAAUGCAGACAGGGAGAAUGGAGCGAUGGAGAAGGAGAGGGUGAAAGGGACUCUGUCGCAGCAGAAGGAGAGGAAGGCGACCCAGAUGCUGGCUAUCGUGCUAGGUGUGUUCAUCAUCUGCUGGCUGCCCUUCUUCCUGACCCACGUGCUGAAGGCCCACUGUGGCAGCUGCUGUAUCUCCCCCUCUCUGUACAGUGCUGUCACCUGGCUGGGCUACCUCAACAGUGCCGUCAACCCCGUCAUCUACACCACCUUCAACAUCGAGUUCCGCAAGGCCUUCAUCAAGAUCCUAAACUGUUGAGUACAGGGAGGAAGGGGAUAGGGGGAGAGUGGGAGAAAGUGUGAACAGUGUAGAGGGGCAAAAAAAAAAGGUCAGAGACUUGAAAUAAAACUAAAGAAGGCAAAGAGAGGGGUGAAAACAAAGACCAGAAGGGAAUGGAAGGAGAGAUGGAGGGGAAGAGGGGGACAGAGAGAGAGAGAGAGAGAGAGAGAGAGAGUCGACAGAAUAUUUCAAACAAAACCAAAACAAAUUGAACAGGUCAAACAGAAGAGCAAGUGAAGCAAGACCGAUAUACCAAAUCAAAACAGACUUGGGAAUGAUAAAGAGGUUAUGUACACUUCUGUAAAUCUAAAACAUAGCAGGGAGAGAGUAAUAUUCUGAAGGUUCUAUUGGAAGAGAUGGGGUAGGGCACAAACAGUGGCAGAAGACUGUCCCACUCCUUAUGGGGAUGACUAAGUAAGUGUAUUACUUACUCUCUGAUACCCCUCUGAAGUAUACUGUCGUAGCGACUGCAGACAUUGUAAUUUAAUUAACAGAGUUAAAACAGGACAGAGGUAAUCUUUUAAGGAGAGAUGCACAAUUGUUCUCCAAUAGCAGUCUUGUUGCGUAGUCCCAGUGUAAACAUGCCUGUAAGAGAUGUAUUAUAUUAAGAAUAUGUUGGUGAAGAUAUGAUGCCAUAUUAACAUGGUGAUAUGAUGCAAUAUGAUGAGCGAAUAAUCAAGGUUUGUUCAUGAGGUAUAUGUAUAUAUUGUUGUUUAGAGUGUGAGCUCUAAAUAUCUGUAUUACUGUUAUUGUACAGGUAAAUGUAAUAAAUGAUGUUCUACUCAUAUUGCUAGUCUAUUUCAAGUUUUCUGUACUGCAGGGUUGGGGUCAAUUUGAAUUGAAGUCAGUCAAUUCUUGAAGUAAAGAUAUUUUCCAAUUGAUUAAUAACGGAGAAAAAAGUUGUUUUCAU